AUGUCAAACUUGAGAAGGGUGUUGGAAAGGCAACAGAAAGAAGAGGAAGAAAUCCAACGUAGACGUGCUAUUGAAGAUCAGGAGGCCGAUGAAGAAGAGGAAGAAAUUCUUGCAGCAGCAGUUUGUAUGCUUAAUCAAUCAAGGCAACACCACCAUCGUCGUGCUCCGAAUGUGGACAUACGUAGGGAGUCUCGGGGUAAGAAUCUCUUGGAAGAUUACUUUAUCCAAAAUUCGUUAUAUCCUAAGUAUGAUGCUGUUGGAGUUUUGGGUCUUCUCCUGGAGCAAAAACUUACAGCUGCUUUGCAGAUGCUUGCUUAUGGGGCAUCUGCAGAACAAGUGGAUGAGAUUGCAAUGAUGGGAAAAUCAACUGUCCUAGAGUGUUUGGCUCGAGGUUUCCCAGGAAUGAUUGGAAGCAUCGAUUGCAUGCACUGGCAGUGGAAGAAUUGUCAUACUGUUUGGCAAGGAGAGUAUGAGAAUCGGAAGGGCAAAAAAAGUAUAAUUUUGGAGGCCGUAUCUUCAUUUGACUGUUGGGUUUGGCAUGCCUUCUUCGGGGUUGCCGGAUCUCAGAAUGACCUCAAUGUCCUUGGUCAAUCCCCGAUGUUCGACGAGGAAAAAAACUUUGCUGCCUUUCAAGAAGGUUACAAGAAAGACGUGGAAAGGUGUUUUGGUAUCUUGCAAGCUCAUUGGGCAAUUAUUAGAGAUGCUGCUCGGAUGCUAGAUGAGGAGGUGGUGCAGAGUAUUAUGAUGACUUGCAUCAUCCUCCACAACAUGAUUGUGGAGGAUGAGUAUGACUACGAUGCUCCAGAGGUGUUUGAACCCGAUCCCAUGAACACGACGUUGACAAGAAUAUAUGAAAGGCCGAUAAGACCAAAUGGACAACCAAUGGAGCUCGAACCGUUACUUCGGGAUGGUCAAUACAACAACCCCAUGAUUGAUCGUUAUCAAGAAAUUCAAUCUUCAUAUGUUCACGAGAGACGUCAACUUGACUUGAUCGAGCACUUGUGGGAGAUGAAAGGCAAUCACAGUGGAUGA